AUUUAAACGGAGGAAGGCACAAACUGAACAGAUUACAACCAGCUCGUUGUCGUGAGCGUGUACUGAAGACUAAAGGCGACCGAAAAUGUCUUGCUCUUUUGAGAACAUCCACCUUGUCAGUCCAUCCAUCAAUGGGUAUAAAUUUGACACUGCCAAUCGCAAGAAAGCGGUUGCCAACAUAUUCGAAAAUGUCAACCAGGAUGUCCUGCUCAAACUUUUUGUGAGGUCCGGGGACAUGAAAGCGAUGGAGAGAGUGCGGAGCAUUUAUGACUCCCAGGAUCCCGAGGGGAAAGCUAAAGCGCUGAUGGCCUUACAAGUGGAGAGAAAAGACAAACUCUUCCAAAUCACAGGACUCUCGCGGCAGUCCAUGAAAUUUCGCUGACUUUCGCCGAAUGUAAGGCUAUUUGGCUCUGAGGCGCUAUAGCCUAAAAAGUCGAUGCUCCGGUGUGAGUGGAUGCCGGCGCAUACCUGGCUGACAGAUACGGGGAAUGAUGCCGCAGCUUUGGAUCUAAGGUUCGUCUGCAGUGGCGAAUGUGGCUCUUCGUGUUGCUUCUCUGUGAAAAUGGAUCUGCCAAGGAGUCCAGAAAAAACGUGCAGCUCCGAAAUGUGCAUGUGAAAUGAAAGAGCUUUUGUCCGCCGAAGUGCUUGUGAACUGGGCUAUAGAAAAACUGCAAAGACACUUCUUCGACAUGAUUUGUAGAAGAGAUCAAGCUGACCACGAAGACGAAGUUGUCUUUAAAUAUGCACUUGUAACAGAACUGUGAAAAGUAUGUCAAAGUAAUUUUAAUAAAUUAAUAUUUUACAUA